ACAUCAGAAUGAAUUCCCUGACUAAAGCUGGAAGUUUUGUUAGUCAAUCAUUACAAUUUGCCGGUUGUGGAUUUCAACAAGUUCGCAACAAAUGGGCCGAUUGGAAAAUGAUUCGUGAUGUAAAACGCCGCAAGUGUGUCACUGAACAUGCCAAGGAACGUCUGCGUGUGAAUGCAUUGCGGAAGAAUGACAUACUGCCAGUUGAGUUGAGGGAAAUUGCAGAUGCUGAAAUUGCGGCAUUCCCAAGAGACUCGUGUUUGGUGCGUGUCCGUGAACGUUGUGCCCUUACGUCCAGACCUCGCGGUGUUGUUCACAAAUAUCGCUUGAGUCGUAUCGUGUGGCGCCAUUUGGCCGAUUAUAAUAAACUUUCUGGUGUCCAAAGGGCUAUGUGGUAA